AUGGAUUACGAAGGCGAUACCAUCAUGGGUGGCAUGGAAACCAGUCCUCCCUUUACCCAACAAUCCGCAACAGGUCUACUCUUCCACCUGCAAAAAGCCUCUACGCUCCUCACCAACUUGAAUCCACAGAACUCAUCAACAGCUUACGAGGAGAAGGAAAUUCAAGUCAAGGCGACGAUUGAGGACAUCUACAAUCGAGUUAUUCCAAAUCUCAGUGCCGCGCAAGCGUUGGCUGCUGCGAGGGCUUCUGCUCGCGAGGGCUACGAGAAGAGAAAGAAUGGUCACAAGAACAGAAACAGAGUCAAAAGGAAGAAGAAGAGAGACAAGAGGAGAAAGCGAGUUGAAAGGAAGAGGUGGGAAAAGAGGAGAGAAAAGAGGAGAGAAAAGAGGAGAGUGAAAAAGAGAUUGGCCAGGAUGGCGGGUCUGAGGCGUCAUGGGAAGGAUUGUGCUUUCGUCUUUGAGAACAUGCAGUGA